AAACGCUUUGUUUGUGCAUGCAGACCAUUUGCAUCAGCGGUGUUUAGGUUUCAUAUCUUUAUCAGUGCGGUCAAAGUCCGACGACCGAGCAUCAUCAUCAGACUACGGAAGUGACAGCUUUGCUAUCUGUCAUUUAUAUUAGCACGCUCCUUGCAUUUCGCUCAUUCCCAUACCCUCUCUCGUCGUUGUGUUUCCCUGAGUAUAACUAGUUGUAACUAUGGCGAAGGUGGAUACCUCCUCUAGCAGACCCUAUCACAUUGUUAUUUUUGGUGCUUCGGGUUUCACCGGGCAGUUUGUGGUUGAAGAGGUGGCCAGGAACGUAUCGGAGGGGCCGAAUGGGACGCUGAAAUGGGCUGUGGCUGGGAGAAGCAGACAGAAACUGGACAAAGUUCUAGAGCAGGCCGCCGGAACCCUCGGUAAGCCGGAGCUGAGGACUGCAGUGGAGGUCAUCGUGGCUGAUGUGGGAGAGCCUGACUCUCUGGCUGCCAUGUGCAAACAGGCUGUCAUUGUUCUCAACUGUGUGGGUCCAUACAGGUUCUGGGGCGAACCUGUGGUAAAGGCAUGCGUGGAGAACGGGGCACACUGCAUUGACAUCUGUGGAGAACCCCAGUUCCUAGAGAGUAUGCAGUUGAACUACGACAGUCAGGCAGCUGAUAAAGGAGUGUACAUUGUGGGGGCUUGUGGCUUCGACUCCAUACCUGCAGACAUGGGAGUCCUCUACACCAGGGACCAGUUCAAAGGGACACUCACAGCUCUAGAGAGCUUCCUGACAGCCAGCACAGGACCUGAGGGUGGUUCUAUCAAUGACGGGACAUGGAAGUCGGCCAUCUAUGGUUUUGCUGACAGCGGGAAGCUGCGGAGCCUCAGGAAGAAGUUUGGACACAAACCUCUACCUGUGGUGGGCUCAAAGAUUAAACGCAGGAGUGCCCUGUUCUACAGCAAUGAGGUUCAGCAGUAUGCAGUUCCGUUCAUGGGAGCCGACCCCUCGGUGGUGAAGAGAUCUCAACGCUUUCUGCUGGAGGAACACCAGGAAACACCUGUCCAGUAUGGUGCAUAUGCAGGAGUAGGAGGUGUGGCCAACAUUGUCAAGAUGCUAUUCGCUGGGAUGAUGUUCUGGUUCCUGGUCAAAUUCAGCUUUGGACAAGACCUGUUGAUUAAGUAUCCAGAGUUUUUCUCCUUUGGUUUCUUCUCCAAGGAUGGACCGACAAGAAAGCAGAUGGAGGGUUCGUCCUUCAAGUUUGCCUUCUACGGAGAAGGUUACACUGAGGGACAGGACCCCAGCCAGGGACGACCCAAUGCUAAGAUCCGCACACUAGUCCAAGGACCAGAGGCGGGCUACGUGGCCACGCCAAUCGCCAUGGUACAGGCCGCUAUCACCAUCCUGAACGAGCCCACAGCCCUCCCCAAGAAGGGAGGUGUGUACACCCCAGGAGCAACCUUUGCCAAAACUAAGCUGGUGGAGCGUCUCAACAAGCAUGGCAUCCAGUUCUCUGUCAUCUAAUGUGUGACCCCUGACCCCCAUGUCAUCAGCACUUAUCACUAGAUGGUCAUGCUGCAAAGUGAAACUUGGCUAGCGGCAACAUUUAGUUAAUCAGGGUUAGGUCUAAGGUUACGUUUCAGUGUUUAACAUCUGAUUUUUUUUUGGGGGGGGGGGUUCCUUUCAACUUUGCAACAUGGCCCAAUAAUGAAGACCUUCUGCUUGUCUGUGACUAGUUUUUAAAGAGACAGUUUCCUUCUUGUUAAAUAAUGGUGCCCCCGCUCUAACUCGCCAAUGGAUGUGCAGUUUGUCAUGGCUCAGUAGAUUAAUUCCUGUGAGUGCCUGUUUCUCUCAAAAAAAAGCUUGACUGCAUUAUGAUGCUUCUGUCCUUCCUCUGAUCAAUACUUGUUUAAUUUCCAAGCACUGUCUGAAACCUACCUUACUUCAAGAGGAUCAGAAAUUCCUCCUUUGAACGAUGGUGUGCUGUAAUCAAAUAUAGUUUAGCAGGAUCUGUUUCAGGAAUGAUCAACAAAGUAGUGCUUGCUGCUUGUUAAAUGGUUGUUUGGGUACUACAUACACACAAAGCUGGGAUGAUCCUUCCCACAACUUUGCAGUGUCUUCUGUGAUUCACUGAGCGAGUGUUGGACAGGUUCUGUUCUCCUAGGGCUGUAGGUCUUCUCUACUUGGCUGAAUAAAACCCAACACUACUGAAAUAAA